UCCUGCACAGGGCUCUGCACUCUCUCCACAGCCACAUGCACUUGCACUGAAAGCUGCUCAUACAAGGCAAGGCAGGAAAACACACACACACACACCAGUAGUCAUAGUAAUAGGAGCUGCAUAAUGCUGCCAGCACUGUGCUCACCCCUGUGAUACCCCUGUAUGAGUGCCAGAGGAUGGUGGUGGCACCAGGACAGGGCUGCUGGAUGCUGCUGCUGGAGGAGGAGAUGUCUGGUGUCUGCACAGGGAAUGCACAGUGAAUGGCCAGUGUCUGUGCUUAUUGCCACUAAUAGAACAUGAAAGAGGUACAGAAAUGGCCCAAGUUGAUUAAAUUUCCCAUUUGAUACUUGAGAAGGUGGGUGUAGGACCGUUUUAUGUGUGCUUCCAAAGGUUCCAACUUUUUUUCUUUUUUUCUUUUGCGUUUUGUUCUUUUUAACUGGAUUGAGCAAAUGAACAUGGGCAAGCAAGACGGGACAAAGCUCAGGAGAAGAGCCUUUGGGAAAAAGUAAUCUUCCCUUUCAAUAUUCUUGGAGAAGCCACUCAUCAAGGUGGUGGCUUGGGAGGAAGGAGGAGUACAUGGACUUGUUAUGUUGUCGUUCUGGAGUACAGCUGAUUCUGUAGGACAGAGGUAGCCUGAAAAGGAAAAGAGAGACCAAAAAGAAACAAAGGAAAAGAGGUUCCCGUUUUUGUCCUUCUAAAUUAUGGAACUUUUGUGGAAGACGUUGACCUGGAUAUUGGGCCUUGUCAUGGUUUCAUCGGAAUCUCACAGGGACAACAGACUCUCCUUUAAUUCUCAAGGGGAAUUCCUGUCUUACCUUGAACACUAUCAACUGACGGUUCCUAUAAGGGUUGACUACAAUGGGGCCUUCGUCAGUUAUACUGUGAAGAACGACAAACACUCUCGGAAAAGGAGGAGUACGGACCCUAAAGAUCAAGAGCAGGAGGCUUCUAAGUUAUUUUUUAAAAUUUCUGCAUAUGGCAAGCACUUUCACCUAAACCUGACUCUAAAUACAGAACUGGUCUCAAAACACUUUACCGUAGAGUACUGGGGCAGGAAUGGGCCUGAAUUAAAGCACGAUUCCAUAGACAACUGUCACUAUACGGGAUAUUUACAGGACCACAAUACCACAACGAAAGUGGCUCUAAGUAACUGCAACGGCUUGCAUGGCGUAAUCGCUACUGAAGAUGAAGAGUAUUUUAUUGAGCCUUUAGACAACAUCACUGAAAACUCCAAUCACUUUAACUCCGAAAGGGGCCACCCUCAUGUUAUUUACAAAAAGUCCGCUAUCCAUCAGCGACACUCAAGCAGCCAGGGACACUGUGGCGUGAAAGAAGAUCUGAUAGGGAAUCACAAUCCUUGGUGGUUAAACUACACAUUGUCCACCCCUACAACUCCUUCAGAAAAUGACACGGAAAAUGGUCCUCGCCGGCAGAGGAGAUCGGUCAGUGUUGAACGAUUUGUGGAGACACUAGUAGUGGCCGACAAAAUGAUGGUCGGUUAUCAUGGACGCAAAGACAUUGAACACUACAUACUGAGCGUAAUGAAUAUUGUUGCCAAACUUUACCGUGAUUCCAGCCUAGGAAACGUUGUGAAUAUCAUAGUGACCCGACUAAUAGUCCUCACAGAAGAUCAGCCAAACUUGGAGAUAAACCACCAUGCGGACAAGUCCCUCGACAGCUUCUGUAAGUGGCAGAAAUCCAUCCUCUCGCACCAGAGUGACGGGAACACCAUUCCAGAGAAUGGCAUCGCUCACCAUGAUAAUGCUGUACUCAUCACCAGGUAUGACAUCUGCACUUACAAAAACAAGCCAUGUGGAACUCUAGGCUUGGCCUCGGUGGCUGGAAUGUGUGAGCCGGAGCGGAGCUGCAGCAUUAAUGAAGACAUUGGCUUGGGUUCUGCAUUUACCAUUGCACAUGAGAUUGGUCACAAUUUUGGCAUGAAUCACGAUGGAAUUGGAAACUCAUGUGGGACCAAAGGUCACGAAGCAGCAAAGUUAAUGGCAGCUCACAUUACGUCAAACACAAACCCUUUCUCCUGGUCGGCAUGUAGCAGAGAAUACAUCACCAGCUUUCUAGAUUCAGGCCGGGGAAUAUGUCUUGACAACGAACCUCCAAAACGUGACUUUGUGUACCCUGCAGUGGCUCCAGGUCAGGUUUAUGAUGCGGAUGAGCAGUGUCGAUUCCAAUACGGAGCAACAUCUCGUCAAUGUAAAUAUGGGGAAGUGUGUAGAGAGCUCUGGUGUCUGAGCAAAAGUAACAGAUGUGUAACCAACAGCAUCCCUGCCGCAGAGGGGACCCUGUGCCAGACUGGGAGCAUCGAGAAAGGGUGGUGCUACCAAGGUGAAUGUGUAACUUUUGGAACCUGGCCUAAAAGUUUAGAUGGAGACUGGGGUCCAUGGUCAUUAUGGGGAGAGUGCACCAGAACCUGUGGUGGAGGAGUCUCAUCAUCCAUAAGGCACUGUGACAGUCCAGCACCAUCAGGAGGAGGAAAGUAUUGCCUGGGAGAAAGGAAGCGCUACCGGUCAUGUAACACUGAUCCUUGUCCAUCAGGGUCACGUGACUUCAGGGAAAAGCAAUGUGCAGACUUUGAUAAUAUGCCUUUCCGAGGGAAAUAUUACAACUGGAAACCCUACACUGGAGGUGGUGUUAAAUCUUGUGCAUUAAACUGUUUGGCUGAAGGCUAUAAUUUUUACACUGAACGGGCCUCCGCUGUUAUAGAUGGAACCCGCUGCAACGCUGACUCCCUGGAUAUCUGCAUCAACGGAGAGUGCAAGCAUGUCGGCUGUGAUAACAUUUUGGGCUCCGAUGCCAAAGAAGAUAGGUGUCGCGUGUGUGGUGGCGAUGGAAGCACCUGUGAAGCAAUUGAGGGAUUCUUCAAUGAUUCAUUGCCUAGAGGAGGCUACAUGGAAGUUGUUCAAAUUCCACGAGGUUCCGUUCACAUUGAAAUUAAGGAAGUUUCCACAUCGAAGAACUAUAUCGCACUGAAAUCUGACUCUGAUGACUAUUUUAUAAAUGGUGCCUGGACAAUAGACUGGCCAAGGAAGUUUGAUGUUGCCGGAACCGCAUUUCAUUACAAGCGCCCAGCUGAUGAUCCAGAAUCCUUGGAGGCCUUAGGACCAACAACAGAAAGCCUGAUAGUAAUGAUUCUACUUCAAGAACAGAACAUGGGAAUUCGAUACAAAUUUAAUGUCCCUAUCACACGUACGGGCAGUGGAGAUAAUGAAGUAGGAUUUUCUUGGCAUCACCUUCCCUGGUCUGAGUGUUCGGCCACCUGUGCUGGAGGUAUCCAGAAGCAAGAGGUUGUGUGUAAAAGACUGGAUGACAACUCGGCUGUGCAGAAUAAUUACUGCGAUUUGGACAGCAAGCCUCCGGAAAACCAGAGAGCAUGUAACACAGAGCUUUGUCCGCCUGAGUGGUUUAUCGGUGACUGGUCUGAGUGCAGUAAGACAUGUGAUGGGGGAAUGCGCACGCGGACAGUGCUCUGCAUUCGGAGGAUUGGACCUUCAGAAGAAGAGACACUAGAUGACAUCAGCUGCCUAACUCACCGGCCCAUCGAAAAGGAAGCUUGUAAUAAUCAGUCAUGUCCUCCUCAAUGGGUUGCUUUGGACUGGUCUGAAUGUACACCCAAAUGUGGACCUGGAUUUAAGCAUCGAAUUGUUCAGUGUAAAAGCAGUGACCUCUCCAAAACCUUUCCAUCCACAAGCUGCGCUGAAGAAAGCAAACCCCCAGUCCGGAUACGUUGCAGUUUAGGGCGAUGUCCUCCUCCACGAUGGGUUACUGGCGAAUGGGGGCAGUGUUCUGCACACUGUGGUCUUGGCCAGCAGAUGAGAACAGUGCAAUGUCUCUCAUACACGGGGCAAGCGUCGAAUGAUUGUCCAGAAACGGUUCGCCCUCCGUCAAUGCAGCAGUGUGAAAGCAAAUGUGACAGCAACCCGAUUUCUAACACAGAGGAGUGUAAAGAUGUGAACAAAGUGGCUUAUUGCCCGCUGGUCCUGAAGUUCAAAUUCUGCAGUCGAGCAUACUUCAGACAAAUGUGUUGCAAAACUUGCCAAGGACAUUGACCCAUAUCACAGCAGGACAAAGAGAGGGUAUUGUUAUCCAUGGUCAAAACAGCGUCCCCUCCUCGGAAGGACAGAGAGGAAUGAGAUGGAUGUCCUUGAAAUGAGAUAACCCUGUGUACAACAUAACCACUCGUCAGCCCCUACUGACAGGAUUUCAAUAGUAUUUAACUUCUGUGAAGUGAAUUUAUUAUCCAAAGUGCUGGACACCCCAACAAGGAGGAAAGCCAAAUUGGAACAAUUUCAAACAGUCGAACAGAGCAGACUAUGGAACGUUUGUGUUCGCCCAACUACCACAUUUGCCAAGCUUACCUCCUUGAACCAUUUUUAUUAUGGACUUACAAAAUGACACUGAAUCAAUUUGUAUUUAAACUUUUUAUUUUUUUUCUCAAAUGUAGCUUUUAUGACUUGGUCUAAAAAGAGAGAGAGAGAGAAAAUUCUUACGUCAUAGCUAAAAAAAUUAUUAAUAUUUUAUCUCAGUUUUACGGCACCACAGUUUAAGUUAUAAGAAGGGCUUUGAAAUGUUAUUUAAAAAAGCAAUUAUAAAUCAAAAACUAAAGUAAGUGUAUUUUGUUAUUCUGCCUGAAUUCUUCAGCGUUCUCCUUUUAAUACUGCUGUGAAGCAAUUUACGUAUAUAAUUAAGAUAUAUGGUAUACAGUUGUCAGUAUUCAGAGGUGCAUCAUUGAACGCCUGCACGUAAUAUACCGGGGAAUAAAUUUAUAGCAAUAUAUGGGUGUAGGUGGAAAAAAAUUGUUUAAGAAAGAAUUUUUGAAUGUCUUCAGAUUAUACAGAUCACAGUGGACCUCAGUUACAAGGGUCUGUUGCCCCCACUUUUGAAACCUAGUGUGUUUAUGCAUUUGGACUGCAAUGGGGAAGCACAGAAACGCAUAUAGAAGUAUGUAAUAAUAGUAAAACUUUUUGGAAACAUAAAGGGGGAUGUUUAUCAAGACAGGCGGUACUAUACGCCAGUCUUGAUCCCCUGUGCGCUGUAGUAAGACGCGCCUAAUUUAGAUGCCUCAAUAAAUUAGACGCAUCUCUGCCACUCCAUGCGCCAGAAACUCAAAUCUACCCCAACUAUCGAGUGGCAUAGACUUGAGCUAUAACUUACGCCAGUUUCUGGCAUAAGUUAUAGUAAAUCAUGUGCUAGGUUCCACUCCUCCUGCUAAGCCCCACCCCUUUCCCCGCCACUUCAGAAAAGUGUCGAAGGUGAAAAAAUCACAAGUUAUGGUGCUAAUAAUUUGCUACUUUUUUAGGGAGACCCUGCACUCUUGUUUAUGGGCCGUGUCUGAUAUUGCAGCUCAUCCCUUUUCAAGUAAAUGGGACUGAACUGUAAUGAGGCUGAAGUGCAAUCACAGACACAGCCAUUGGACGAGAGUGACACCAUUUCUAGGAAUUUCUUUUAAACUCGGACAACCCCAAAGAUUUGCGGUUUUACAAAAAUUUUACCAAAACUGCAAUGUGUAUAAGCUGACAGACUGUGUUUUUUGUUCUGGCAGGGGCAUAUAACUAUCCUCCAGGGGUACUCCCAACAUGUACUUGUGCAUAAUACAACUGUUUUAAUACAGUGCAAUGUCUGCCGUUUUGUAACUGAAGUCCACUGCCUGCAGUCAGCCAUUUUGCUAAUGUGAAAAAUAUAAGAGAGCAGUUGUCAUUGGUGCUAUCUUUCUUAUUAGGUCAUAAAAAUAUGUAUAUUUAAACAGGUUUCAAUUUUUUCUACAUGACUUUAGUUUUCAUUGUCUAUAGUCCACUGCAUAGUUCAGUGAGAAGUAUACAUAUUUCUGGAACAAAAUCUUUUUUUUUUUUAUUUAACUGCUACCGAUUUGCCGAGUACCCUGGUUGCCUAUCAACAUGCUGCCAUCUUUGUAUGUAGCAGUCAGAGAAUGAAUAACACUCAUAUCACUUUCCAUAAAGUCUUACACCAUGGAGAAGAUGCAUUGUGGGCUCAAAGAAGUUAGAAUCUAAUACUUUUAAUCUUAUGCAGUCACAUAUAUUCGGUAGAGUGGUCAAUGUGGGAAUCGUUGACCUGGCUAACUUGAGUUUUCUGAUGUUCCUCAUUGCUCUACUUCUGCUAGAGUAGACAUAAUAUAUUGUAAUCGUAUACACCGGCACCUCACUUUCUAGAAUAAAUCCUAUAAACUAAUAUUUGUAAGGCAAGACUACUUAGAUUCCUUUAAUCAGCUUGUCUUAUGAAUAUUGGAGCAUAUAUUCACUAUAUUACACCAGAAUAUAGUGAAGUCCUAAAGCACUUUAUUGUCUAUGUGCUCCAUGUACAUCAGUUUGUGACCUUGGGCAAUAAUUAUAGGGGUUUCCUGCUGCAUCCCUUUGACCUGUCUAGCACAUGUUUAGGUUAUAUUAUGCUUUGAAAUGGUUAGACUUUGUUAAAGAGGACCUUUCACCACUCCUGACAUUCCUGUUUUAAUAGCUUCAUGUAUUCCCCAUGUAAUAACA